AUGGUAUUUUGGAAAGGCAUUCUACUAGAUGUCAUAACAUACAACUCUUUAAUCUGUGGUCUCUGUAAGUUAGGUCGUUGGGAUGAGGCCUCAAAGAUGCUAAAAGAAAUGGAGGAUGAGAACAUUUCUCCGGAUGUGCAAACCUUUAAUGUAUUAUUUGAUGCGUUUUGCAAGGAAGGUCAAGUAGGAGAAGCUGAUGUUAUCAACAUCAUGAUUGAGAGAGGUAAGGCUCUAGACUUAGUGACAUACAACUCACUUAUUGAUGGUUACUGUCUUCGAGGUGAAAUAAUCAAAGCAAAAACAAUUUUUGAUUCAAUGACACUUAGAGGUCUCGUUCCUAAUGUUGUUACUUAUAGUAGUUUAUUAAAUGGGUAUUGCAAGAAUCUGAAUAUUGAGAAGGCUGAGCAAAUGUUUCAUGAAAUGACUGUAAAAGGUUUAAAACCCAAUGUAGUCACUUACAACACUAUGUUACAUGGAUUCUUUCAGGUUGGGCGAUCUACUAGCUACUUACUGAAUCUGUGCAUCUGCCUCCCUAUUGGCCCUGACUAUUGCCCUUUGUUGCUGUAA